GGCUACAGCCCAUGGGGUCCGGAAGAGUCGGCACGACUGAAGCAGCUUAAGGCGCACGCACGAAUAGUUGGUUUACAAUAGUGUGUUUCUGCUGUGGAGCAGAGUUAGUUACACGUGCGCAUAUCCGCUCUUCUAUAGAUUCUCUUCGUGUAUGGUUCCCGGCGCUAUUCACUAGCUUCGUAUCAGUUCUCUGUAUGUGGUAGUGUGUAUGUGUUAAUCCUAAUCUCCCAGUUUUUCCCAUGCCCCAUAACGGUUUUUAAAUGAAGAAUAACCAUGUCUUCCCAACGAAAAGUUGGAAGCAUGGCAUCACUUGUCUUUGCACAUCUCUGUGACCCGAACAGCUGGGUUCCCACGGCCGCCUCUGCUCUCUGCCGAGGCCCGGGGUGGGGGUGGGGGGCCUACCACAUGCUCGGGAGAGAAGGCGGGGAAGGGACUGGUAACUCGGUCAGGAAGCGUGUUCCCACCUCGAGGUAGCCCUGAAGGAACUCCAGGGUCCCUGGUCUGUUUGAGGACCGUCGUUCCAGGCAGGGUUUAUUUGGGGGGCUGCGUCCUUCUCUGUUGGGGUGGAGCCGUUCUGGUCCCUGCAGGGUCCCCUACAGUGUCCCCACCCCCGCUGGCUAGAUGCCAGCUGUGCCGCUCCCAGCACCCCCAUCUGGCCAUCAGAAAUGUCCCCAGACCAUUCAAGAUCGCCCCGCCCUGGAGCCCUGCUCUGUGUCUUCAGUCCUCAGGACCGAGGCCCCUGCCUGCCUGUGUCCCGCACUUUGGGAAAGGGACGAGGAAGCGGGGGCGGGGGGCGGGGACACAGGGCUCCCUGGGUGGGAACACUGGAGUGGGUUGCCAUUUUCUACCCAGGGAUCGCACCCGGGUCUCCUGCGUCUCCUGCGUCGGCAGGCAGCUUCUUGACCCCUGAGCUGCCUGGGAAGGCAGUCCAGUGACUCCGCUGGGAGGGUGGAGGGCCUUACAGCCAGUCCCCGGCAUCUCCCAGCUCCCAGACUGUGCCUGGGGGCCCUGUGAGUGUCGAGGCCUGACCACUGCAGAUCAGGCAGCUUCAACCACAGACACUUGCUCCCUGUGGCUGGGAAGGCGGGAUCCGGCCGGGAUCAGGAAAGGGGGACGGGGGUGUGGGGAGAGCCUCUCCUCUGCCUGUGAACCCUGCCUUCCCUUCCUGCUGUGUCCCCCCAGGUCGGGGGCAGAGCUGCCCUGUCCUAUGAAGACAGCCACACCCUGCGCCCCAUCACGACCUCCCUUCAUCUCCACAUCCUCCUCGAAGCCCCGGCCCCACGUACAGUCAUGUUGGGGCUGGAGCGUCCACAUGAGACCCCCGGGGUGGAGGGGGACGCUUGUGUCCACCCUGGUUAGUGAGGGAGAGGUGGGGCUCGGAGCGCUUGGGAGCUGGCAGCCUCCGCCUCCCGGAUGUAGCAUCGGGUGCGACCACCAGCAUAGGAGGUGCUGAUGACAAGGCCCGGGUGCCUGGGCACCAGCGGCUUCCGUGCGCGCGGCCUCGCUGGGUCCUCGCGGGGAGGACGCAGGAGUGGGGGAGAGUGGGGACGGGCCCACAAGCGGCGGGCGAGCUGUUCAUCUCGGGGGGCGGGGGGGAAACUGAGGCUCGGGAUGGGGCAGCCAGCCCUCCCACGUGGGGCCCCCCCGCCGGAGGGCGCUCUGACCGCGGCCGCUCCCCGCAGGCGCCGUGACCCCGCCGCCGGCCCCAUGGAGGCGCUGGGCCUGGGCCCCGUGAAGCAGGAGCAAGGCGCCGCCGAGGGCCUGACCGCCGACUCGCCGUGGCACCGCUUCCGCCACUUCCACCUGGGCGAUGCCCCGGGGCCCCGCGAGGCUCUGGGGCUGCUGCGCGCGCUCUGCCGGGCCUGGCUGCGGCCCGAGGUGCGCACCAAGGAGCAGAUGCUGGAGCUGCUGGUGCUCGAGCAGUUCCUGAGCGCGCUGCCCACCGAGGUGCAGGCCUGGGUGUGCAGCCGCCGGCCGCAGAGCGGCGAGGAGGCCGUGACGCUGCUGGAGGAGCUGUGGGGACCAGCGACGAGGGCGCCUCAGGAUGCGACCGGAGGCUCCGGGGUCGGCGUGGGAGAGGAAGCUGGUGGGGCGACGCCCUCAGGAGAUGCGGCCCCCAGGACUGAGGAACCGGCGACGGCAGACGCCCAGGCCGCGCGCCCCUACAAGCAGGAGCCGGGCAGCCCCCCGCCGGCGCCGCCAGCCCCGCCUGCGCCCGGCCUGCCCGCCUUCCUGACGGCCCCGGGCACCACGUCCUGCCCCGACUGCGGCAAGGCCUCGCUGAAGCCUGCGCACCUGCUGCGCCACCGGCAGAGCCACUCAGGCGAGAAGCCGCACGCCUGCCCCGAGUGCGGCAAGGCCUUCCGGCGCAAGGAGCACCUGCGGCGCCACCGCGGCACGCACCCUGGCGGCCCGGGCCCGGCUCUGCGCCCGCUGCCCGCGCGCGAGAAGCCGCACGCCUGCUGCGAGUGCGGCAAGACCUUCUACUGGCGCGAGCACUUGGUGCGCCACCGCAAGACGCACUCGGGCGCCCGGCCCUUCGCCUGCUGGCAGUGCGGCAAGGGCUUCGGGCGCCGCGAGCACGUGCUCCGCCACCAGCGCACCCACGGGCGCGCGGCCGGCGCGGGCGGAGUGGCCCCGGGCCCCGAGGGCGCCGCGCCCUUCCCGCCCUGGCCCCUGGGGUAGCUCCGGCCGCGCGCCCGGCGCCUCUGCCCUGGCUCCGCACCCGGUGCCUGAGCCCUGUCGCGUGAUGCCCCGAACUUCACUCUCUGGGUCAGCCCCCGCCCCGCCCUCGUCCUCGCAGUCUCUGCGUUGCGAGGACGCCUCUGCGGUCCUCUCCACCCGGAGCCCAGUCGAGGACCUGGGCAGGGGCGGGGUCCCGGGCUGGAGGAGUCUGCAGGGAGGGGACUGCGUCUCGUCCCGCCCGGGGAGACCGCCCCUUGCCGCUCCCAGGACGGGUGGAUCACGGCACGGCUCCGACAGGACGACCGGGUUCCAGCAGGGGUAUCCGAGCUGUGGGUCCUUGCGCUGCGACCAGCCUGUCAGGCAGGCCCGAGGAGGACAGGUGCCGGAGACCGCCGCUGACCAGCGUCUGGAGAGUGUUAAUAAAGCCGCCGACGAGUUGUGCAGCC